AUGGACUUUAUGAGGAAGAUCCCUGGGGUGUCCACUCCGACAGCUCCCAAGUUUCGCCCGCUUGCUCUCCCAGGAGACCCGGUCCCACCGCUCAGCGCAGGCUGGUCGUCGUCGUCGUCUAGUGAGGGCUCCAGUUCCCCGUGCCCCUCCACCCCCUCUGUGGGCUCUCCCCCCUACUCCGUUCGCGCCCUCUCUCGCUCUUCCGCCUCUUCUGGCUACGCUUCACGGCCCAACACCCCCGUACACACAAGCAUCGCAUCUCGCAUGAUGACUCCCGAUCCUGACUUGUACAAGUCUCGCAUGCGGCGACCCUCGAGCACACAACCCCCAGUGGAGAUCCAAAACCCAACGCCGCAUCGGGCAUGGGUGCCGAUACCUUUCGAGACUCCGAAACCGCGCCCGGCUGGGGAUGGGCAGACAGGGAAGCCCUUGAAGGGCAUCCUCAAGAAGCGCCCCGGUCCUCCCAUCGACGUUCCCACUGUACCCAUGCACUCCUCAACCUCAUCUGCAAGCUCGAUCUCGCCACCGCCCAGCGCGAUGCGGCCUCCUCACUCCUCCUCGCCUCACGCACUCCGCUCGACGCACUCCGUGUCGCGGAAUACCUCACGAUCAACAAACUCGGCCUCGCCCUACCCUGCGCCACGCGGGUCUACCCCCGCGCCACUCGCUCUCCACUGGCUGCUCCUCCCCGACACGCUGGGCGUCGUCGGCAAGCAGGUCGUCUACGACUUCGCGCAGGACGUCUCGUCGUUGAAAAUCGUGGACGUCUCGCGCGGCGCACGCCAAAAGCUCCACACGGACGAAGUCGACCGGUACCUCGACAAGGCCGCCUGCCAGGCGCAGCAGCUCACCGAGAUGCAGAUCCGGUGCGACACCUUCCCCGGAGCGACGAUCACAAUCAAGGCGAGCAACGGGAAGAACAUCCGUUGCAGCGACGUGUUCGACCAGCUCUAUCAAUGGCUGGACCACAAGUGCAACCUAGAGGAGCGCGACGAGUGGGUCGAGACCCCUGAGCAGGCGCGAGAGUGCAUCGACGCAUUCCUGGCGCGCUGCAAAGUGAGCACGCGUCACUGCGAGCGCGCGGAGUGGCUGCACGGGAUGCGCCGCGUCGACCUCUUCAAGGGCAAGCCGUGGUUCCGCGGGCUGAAACGCGGCGUGCCGGCCUCGGGCAAGGACGAGCCGUCGUUGUUCUGGGUCGUGGACGUCGGCGACAAGCCGAACGUCUGA